AAAGGGGACAACAAGUGAGAUGAUCUGAGAAGAAAGAAAGAACAUGAAAGAAACCCAGAGAAGAAAACACAAAAUGGACAAGGACAUGACUAUGAAGAUCUAAUUUUCCCUCUUAAAAAAAGGACAAAGUCAGCAAAGUCUAUUUGCCUGAAGAGGCACUGCUUGAUGAGCUGAAGGAAAGUGAAGAGAAAGUUUGCAGGGAAUCGUCAACACAAAGCAACUACUUGGAGGAACAACGUUGGACCACGGUUUAAAACAUUUUUCCAUGUUUCCUUUCAGUUCCUUUAAGUUUAGCAUGCUUCCUCUCCUCUAUGUGGGAGUGCUGCUAUCCUUAGUUGCCUCUCCAGCCUGUAUAAAUCCUCCCUGCAAAGAUAAUCUAGUGGCCUCACCCAUCCAGCCUGGGACUGGAGCUGCAGGUACCGGGGCUUGUGAGGGUCAAACUGGGACAACUGCCUGCGGGACAGGGGUUUCACUUGCAGCAAUCUCGGACAUCCCUCGGAAAGUGGAGCACAAACAUGAAAUACCCCAGUUUCAGUACAAGCAGACUGGGGUUGUCAGAGAGCGCCUGGUUCAGCUGCAGCGCUGCAUGCGCUCUGUCCAGGAUACUGGGGGACCUUGGAGUCACGAGGGCCAGGAGAGCAAUUCUCUUGGGGCCAUCCUGGCUUUAAUGGCAGCUGUGCUGACAGAGUGUGACCUCCACUGUCACAGCCAGGCGCUUGGGGCAAUGGCUAAACGACUGGAGAGCGCAGCGGUGGGGAGAGAGGGGGAGAAAGACUUGCUGCUUUUCCUCAAGAGCAUCACUCAACAUCCACCCACAGUUGCCCCCUUGGAGAGGCUACAUCCUCGGGACUGUGCAGAGAUUUACACGCUGGGGAUCAAAGAGAAUGGAAUCUACACCAUCCAGCCUGACCUGAAUGGGCCGGCACUAGAGGCUAAAUGUGACAUGGAGACUGCAGGUGGCGGGUGGACAGUAAUCCAGAAUCGGCAAGAUGGCUCAGUGGACUUCAACAGAACAUGGCAGGAAUACCGGGAGGGCUUUGGAAAUCUGCAAGGAGAACACUGGCUGGGUAACGCAGCGUUGCAUGCCCUUACCUCCAGUGGCCAACACCAACUCCGCAUUGAGCUGGAGGACUGGCACCAGCAGAGGCGCCAAGCCACCUACAGCAACUUCAAAGUGGCCUCGGAGGCACAGAGGUAUCGCCUGACAGCACGGGAGUAUUCUGGUGAUGCAGGUAAUGCACUGAGCUACAGUAAGCGCUACAACCACGACGGCAGGUCCUUCAGCACUGCUGACAGAGACUAUGACCGUUACGUGUCGGGAAGUUGUGGUCAGUACUAUGGUGCAGGCUGGUGGUUUGAUGCUUGUCUGGCAGCUAAUCUGAAUGGACGGUACUACCGUGGGCGCUACAGCGGGGUAACCAACGGCAUCUACUGGGGAACGUGGUACAUCCUGACAGAUGGACGAACUGGAGAGCGCUACUCCUUCAAGAGGGUGGAGAUGAAGACAAGACCCAAAAACUUUAUGGGAACAGACUAAAGAUAAUGAUGUCAACAUAAUGGGGAAAAUUUGCUGUGCAGUAGACUACAGUAAUAAUCACACCAGACACUUUCUUUCUUGUUUUAUAAUCGAUAGAUGCUUUGGUCACUAUAUUUAGCAUUGCUUUCAUGUCACUUAUCAGUUAUAUGCAGAUGGCAGCUAAAAGAUUAAAAAAAAAAAGUGUAAAAGAAAUAAUGUUUAAAUGCUGAUUAGCAGACUGUGAAGCUCUACUUUCUUUAUGAUGGGCUCACUCUGGUAAAAAAUACAUGUUACUUCAUAACUGUGAAACAGUUAAAUACAUAUUGAAAAUAUUGCAGAGGUUGCUGUAAUAAAUUUCCAGAAUCUUUAUUGCACAUCAACAACCUGCAAAAGGCUACCUUAAUGUAUCACAGGAUGCCAGGGGAGGCAUGUUUUCUCCGUGUUAACAGUUUAAGGACAAGACAAACAACCCAAACCACACAUGAAAGUCAUCCUUCACAUGCAUGAGUUAAUACUGGUAAUUUGCUUGUGUUCCUACCUGUCUAUGCUCUGUGACCUACAGAAAUACAAGCUGCCUGCAGCAGCUCACAGACAUUGUAGGUCAGAUGAAGUCAUGGGAGACCGUUUACUAAAAGGCAAGAGGUCAUCGUGUCCCUGCAGAGAGCUCAGCUGUUAUAUACACAACUAAAACUAAAACUUCAUCACACUGUGAUUCAUGUGACAGGGUGUCUAACCACAGUCCCCUACUGUAUGUUCUGCCUACAGCUGCUUUAAUAGAAAGCCAAAGAGCCAAAGCUCACAGUCUGAUACUAAACCAAGAGUAGCCCAGUUUUAGACAGGCCAUCUCACCUGACUAAUACUUUCCCAGGUAGAGGUCUAACACACUGACGCUAACUCUCAGGACCUUCUUUUUUUCCUUUUCUGUUGGCAAACCGUCCUCCACCCACCUCUAUUAAAUCAAACACAAACAUACAGAAACAGUCACCCUCCCCUGGUCUCUAGAGUUGGUGUCAGCGGGGGUGAUUCAUCCACAGAUGUGUUUCACGAAGACGUUUUG